AUGGUGAACACAGAAGGCGUACCGCCGAGCGCCGAGUCCUCCCGGAUUCCCCUACGGCUGGGCGAGACAACUGGCAUGAUGCGCCUCCCCACGGAGCUCCUCCUGCAGGUGAUGGCUGGAAUGGGGGAAGAACAGCUCUGGGCGCUCACACUCACCAAUCGCCGCCUCUCCGUUGUCGCCAAUGCAUUGUUGUGGGCAGGCCUGCACAACGACCCGAAGAGGUCCAAGGAAGUUCUUCUCUGGGCGGUCGAGGCUGGGAACCACGAGCUGCUCCGCCACAUGUUACAGAACGGCAACGAUCCCAACUUCUUGUUCUUGUCGGGUAUUCUGCGAAGUAGGCUGCGCGAUGUUCUCUCUACCCAGGGCCGGCGUCACGAUCUAUACCCCCGUCUAAUAUCUAGAGAGAUGGUUGCCGAAGUGUUCCGCCAGGAAUACUGCGGCUGCCGUACAGAGCGAAACCUCAUCUGGCCCUAUCAACGCAAAGAGAGACUCGACUCGGCAAUAACAUACGAUAAUCUGGAUUUGGUUGUUGAGGAAAUGACUAACCAAUUCCCAAGCGCGCUCUCUCUGUGGCACGGCAUUGAUGAAAUAUGGGGUGACAUCAGGGAUCACCGCUACUGGUCCUGGGGCCCUCUCCAUGUGGCGGCUUUCAGGGGUGAUAACGCCGCACUCGAGCUGCUCCUCGAUCACGGAGCAAAUAUCAAUGCUCAGUAUGAUUUGUACUGCGAGGUAGAGCCACACCAUAACCGAGUUGCUUGGACGGCCCUCCACGUUGCCAUGUGCGAAGGCCACGAUGACACCGUCCGCCUCCUAGUUGCUAGGGGCAUCUCGGGUCUCGUUGGAGCCAGAGUAUACCCAGUUCCCGACCCCACUCGGUACACACCUCCCAUACCCGAGACGGACUGGACUCCCUCUAUGACCGCUUUCCACAAUGCCGCAUGGAUAGGGUCGGCCACCAACUGCCAACUCUUCCUUGAGACACACCGCUUCCACGAGUACUUGAAUGAGUCCGCAGGCGUCAACUCGGCGGUUCACCUUGCUGCUGCGGGAGGAAACAUCAGGACAGCUGGAAGACUCUUACUUGAUGUAGUCCGACCGCCUGACGCAGUACUCGGCCAACUUUUAGAGAUUCUCUGCAAGAGCUAUCAGUUCGGCGAUGCAGAGUGGCUCGUGGACUUUUAUGCUGGGGCGCUCGCGGACGGACGGAUAGAUACUUGUGUAUUUCACCAACGUGCCCUCGCGGUGCUGUGUGAGCACGAGGGGCCCACCAUCUACAGCAAGCUAUCGAACCGUCAGCGCCAGGAUCGGUUGUACUCGCUGACUCCUGGUCAGCCAGGCUACACCGACUACAGCGAGUACAGCGACUGCGCGCGUGCCAAAAAGGAACAAGACAUCCAAAACUCCCUGGGUCAGCGUCUUUCGUUAGCCAAUAAGUUCUUAGCCCUCGGCGCAGAUCCCAACGCAGUACAGCCGACCACCGUACCUAGAUCACAAGGAGCAUCUUUCUAUUUCAACCCCAUGAACUCGGAAAGGCACGACCGCACUCUGCUGCAGAUUGCAGCAAGCUGGAGAUUUACAGAAAUGAUUCAACUCCUCCUCAAAUUUGGCGCCAACCCUCUUCCCGUUAGCGAUGCCCAACAGGAUGAAUGUACCAAGCGGUUGCCAGUGAUCAUCGCAGCUAGGCACGCCGCACGCGAGGAUUCAGGGAGUGAGAGUUGCCGUUAA